CGCGGAGCUCGGCACACCCUCUCCAAUCCAUCAACUCCGAACCCGACCCAACCCACUUGCUUGCCCUGCCUCCCUACGUUCGAAUGUUACGGGGUGGUGGGGGUCGAUUGCCUUCGUCUGGCUUUCUGUGAGCGGCGUGGAGCGGAUGCGAUUUGGGGUGGAGCUCGAGGCUUUGGUUGGGUCGCGUAACGCAGCUCGUGAGGUUGUCCAGGGUUUUUUUUGGUUUUUAGAGGAAGAAGAUCCUCCCAGCAGCAAGUACGGCGUUGAUUUCCUUGGUGUCCAUCCAUAGCAGCAGCAACAGCAGCAGCAACAGCUUAUUGUAUUGCCAUUCGCAAGGGCUGCGUUUGGCAUUGCUGCGGCUGGAAAUAGAAGCGCAGCACUGGUAGAGAGAGAGACAGAGAGAGAGAGACAAAGAUAGACACACAACAAACCCGUAGGGAAGAAUCAAUUUAUUAUUGUAUCGCUUUAACAGUUGUUGAACGAUGGCGAAAGGCGAGGGCAAAGGUGCCGAUAGCAGUAACAGCGGGAGCGAGUCCUCCCUCCCCGAGUCCAACCUGCUCAACCAAGAAUCUUGCAAGGAGCCCAAGAGCACAAAGCUGUCUGUGAUGAGCAAGAUUUGUUUCGGGAUUGGUGGCGCCCCUUACCAGAUGACCGGCAGCGCCAUCGGAUUUUUCUUUCAAAUAUUCCUUCUUGACGUGGCGCAGCUGAAGCCGUUCUACGCGUCCGUGAUUCUGUUCGCGGGGAGAGCGUGGGACGCGCUCACGGACCCCGCCGUGGGCUACUUUGUGAGCAGGAGCCGGAGGACUCGCUACGGAACGCUUCUGCCAUGGAUCGCGGUGUCGACACCGCUGGGGGUGAUCACCUACUUCCUGCUGUGGGUGGUGCCGCCCGGUGACAUACAGAUGGAGCUGAAGGUCCUGUGGUACCUGCUGUGGUACUGCCUCUUCCAGACGCUGCUCACGUGCUUUCACGUGCCAUACUCGGCGCUCACAAUGUUCCUGAGCGACAGCCAGAAGGAGAGGGACUCUGUGACCGGCUACCGCAUGACGGUGGAGGUGCUGGGCACGGUGAUGGGCGCCGCCAUCCAGGGGCAGAUCUCGCAGGCCUUCGCGAGCGGCAAGAGUCGCGUCAAGUGCGAGGGCCUCGCCAACUCGUCGUCCCUCUACUCCCCCAACGCCACGAGCGCCCCCAACGCCACCGACCUGUGGGUCACCCCCGGGGUCGCGGCCAGCUCCGACGACGAGCACCUCGAGAUGCUGCGAAUGGGCUACAUGGUGGGCGCCGCCGUCAUCGCUGGCCUCUACCUCCUCUGCGCCGUCACGGUGUUCUUCGGGGUGAAGGAGCGCGACGACGGGAAUUGCUCGCAGACGGAGAAGGUCGUGCCAUUUGCCACGGGCGUCCGCCUGGUGCUGCAGCACGGCCCCUACAUGAAGCUAAUCUUCGCCUUCCUCUUCACCUCGCUGGGAUUCCUGCUGGUGGAGGGAAACUUUGCUCUUUUCUGCGUUUACACGGCCGGGUUUGAGAAUGACCUCCAGCACAUCGUGCUGACGAUCCUGGGCACCGCGGCGCUGUCCAUCCCGCUGUGGCAGUGGUUCAUGGGAAUGUUCGGGAAGAAGGCGGCCGUGUAUGUUGGCAUGCUGUGGAUCUUUCCAUUCCUCUGCAUCCUCUACUUCAUCUCCGAUAACCUGGCGGUGGCCUACAUUGUGGCCGCUGCGUCGGGGAUCAGCGUGGCAGCCGCGUACCUCCUGCCCUGGUCCAUGCUUCCGGACGUGGUCGACGAUUUCCGCCUGAAAUACCCGGACAUGAAGGGCAUCGAGGCCAUCUUCUACUCAUUCUACGUCUUCUUCAUUAAGUUCGCCUCCGGCGUAUCGCUCGGGGUGUCCACGCUCAGCCUCGAGUUCGCGGGCUACGUGACGAACGCGUGCGAGCAACCGCCUACCGUGUCGAUGACGCUGAAGCUGCUCGUGGUGCCCAUCCCCAUCCUCCUCAUCGUGCUCGGCCUCCUCAUCUUCCGGACGUACCCCAUCGACGAGGCGCGACGCAAGCGCACCAGCGAGGAGCUGUUGAAGCAGAGAGCGGAGAAGGCGCCGCUCGAGCUGACCGAGGAGAGACAGAGCAACGUCUGAAGACGGUGACUGCGAGCGUUCCUGGCGAUGGCCGGAGGCGCCAACCUCCGUCCGUCGCCACCUCGCUCGCUCGCUCGCCCGCGUGGCGGCGGCGGCGGCGGCGGCGGCGGCGGCGUCGGCGAGAGGGGUGAGGAGCGAUCCACGCCGAGGUGGGGUGGGGUGAGGGGUGGGGUGGGGGAGUUGGAGGGGUUGAGGCCCGGCCUCGCACCGAGCAUAACGAAACAAAAAAUCCACGUCAGAGGAAACAAAACAAAACUGUUCUACCGAUGCGUUAUUUGUCCCGACAAGCACCGAAGGGCUCGAGGUGGUUGGGGGGAGGGGGGGGGGCGGUACGAAGUUGGAAGAGUUGCGCUGUGGGGGAGUUCCCCCGAGCAACGAUUGGAAGUGCCCGUCGAGGCCCUGCAGGAUCCGCUGUGGCGCUGGUCUCACUCGCGCCCGCACGGCAAGCUGGGGAAUCCGCGUCUCCUCUCGUUACAACGUUUUUGUUGUUAUAUAUAUAUGUAUGUAUACGCAUACGAUGUUUUAUUACGUUUUAUUUUUCCCGUUUUUUUUCUCCUUCGCUUGCACUUUUUUUAAGUGUUUGAGAAAAUGAGAAAAAUGAGCAUUCCCGCGGCUCCCCCACCCCCCGAAUGGUUAUUAGUGAGGUGUACGGUGUCUAAAGCACAACAACAUCCACUUGAAAAUAUUUUCCCCCUGGAACAAUUUUUGUUUGUCCGAACCCGCACACCGCCUCCAGCAGCGAGGAGGUUUAAAAAA